CAGACAGCACCCGGAUCACCAGGAGCACAGACCACUCACCAGUGGCGCAACAAAGUGCAGAUGAAAGUGACCAGAUGUUACCUCUGAUGCCACAGCUGGACUCGGACGAUUCAGAUUCUUCGGCAAGCAGCGGUGGCAAUGCUGGAACCUAUAACUUGCAACAGGGUGGCGACGGAGUUGAGCAGAUGAUGCCCCUGGUACCUCAGCUGGAUCUCGAUGACUCAGUGCAACCGGCUGGGAAUGGAGGUGAGCAGAUGAUGCCCCUGCUACCUCAGCUGGAUCUUGAUGACUCAGUGCAACUGUAUGGAAGUGACCAGAUGUCUCCCCUGGUGCCUGAGCCGGACUUGGAUGAUUCAGAUAUUAGCCAAUACGCCAUCACUGAUAUCUCUGAUGUACAACAGUAUGGAGCUGGAAGUGACCAGAUGAUGCCCCUGGUACCUGAACUUGAUUCAGAUGAUUCAGUGCUACUGUAUGGAAGUGACCAGAUGUCUCCCCUGGUGCCUGAGCCGGACUUGGAUGAUUCAGAUAUUAGCCAAUACGCCAUCACUGAUAUCUCUGAUGUGGAUACACAGCAACAAAGAUUCAGGAGUGAAUUAUAUAUCCCACUGCACAGAGCAAGAAGACCCUCUGUUCUGGCCAGGACAGAGGACCCAUCCAGGAGUACAGCAGCAUCCCCUCCCAGCCAGCAGUUGGUUCCAGUUCGUCCCAGAGCCCAUGUGCCACAAGAUACAUUUGUUAAUGCCACCCCGUCUGCCCACACUGCCAGGGUGCUGUUUGUUCCUCAGGCCAUGGAUGUACUGGACAUCCAUAGGCAGUCCGUUCCUGGACCUACUGCUGCUGCUGAUCAGCAUCUUCCAGCUGCCAGGGUGUCGUUCAUUCCUCGGACCAUGGACGUACUGGAUAUCCUUCCCCAGCCUGUUCCUGGUACCACUGCCGAUCACGGCAGAAAAUUCCCAGAAGAUUACAAGAUGCUCAGAAGAAGGGAGAGAACUCCAAGAAAAAGACCGUCUGUCCCGGCCGGUACAGGGUACGAGGCCAGCGUUGGGAGGAGAGUGCAAGCAAGUGUGGGCUUGGGUGUGCCGAGUAUUGAUCCCAACAACCUGGCGGUAAAUCUGAUGGCUUCGUCUCAGGACCAGGAUGAUGAUCCAUUCAAAGUAUCGUGCAGGCGGAAAAAACUGCCAAGGCUCAGUGGUAGUGAAAGACCUUCCAGGAUGAGACGGCAGUCUGGUUCAGGCAUCCGAAGACCAGCUAUGAGAAGAGCUGCAAGGCGGCCUGAUGCAAAUGCCCAGAAUGUUCCAACGCCAUUGCAAACGUCAUUCGCUCUGCUGCCCCACAGCCCCACACCCAAGGCAGGAACAUGUCCCAUUGCAAGUGCAGACAAUAGUCUUCAGAGACUGGGGGCAGCGGCUCCAGCAGCAGACACGGUGAUCAUACCACAUCAGGAGCUGCAGAGACAAGGUGCAGCAGCUGCUGCAGCACCAGACCUGAGUUUUCAAUCACAGCAAGGUCGCCCGAGACGGCCGACAGGACAAAGGGCCAGAAGACGACGCUCCAGCAGAAGAGGUGUACCCACCCCACCGCGACCCGGACUGCGUGCGUUAGGAAUGGAACCACUGCACGAAGAUGAACCUCACAGGAGAGUGAUUGGAGAGAUUGCCUUCCAGUUAGAUCGCAGGAUCCUGUCAUACGUCUUCAACACGGGGAUCCGGAUGUAUGGAUUCAGAGUGCUGAACAUCCCUGAAAAAAUCAAUCAGGUUUCUACAUGCGCCACGGAGCGGGAUGAAAUGAGCAACCGCUACAGGGGAAUAAUGCAGCAACUGGGAAACUUUGGCUAUUGCCCCCAAAAGCACCCCAAAUUUGCAGAGAGCAUAGUGAAUACCUUUGGAAUCCUCAAGGAGAAGCCACAGUGCCCAAUAACGUUAGCAAACUACAACAAUCCAGAGUACCUGAAGAAAACAAUCCAUGAAAACGCUCCCCUCAAUUUAGUUCUUGACCUCAUGGUGUUGCUUAAUUGUCUGUCACACAUGUCAGUGAAUGACAGGAGACCGCUGUUCAUUUGGUAGAAAUUUCUGCGUGGGAUGAUAAACAGCAGUUAGAGCAAAUGAAUCACAACUAAACAUCAUUCACUCAAUAGAACUGGGACACACAUCUCACACACUUCAGCUUUCAUCAAACUGCAAAGUCAGUAAUCAUGUUAAGUUUUAUCCUCAACCAGAGCCUAUUUUGGUUGAUGUUCGCUAUUGGGAAUUGACCUGAAGACGACGCUAGUAAAUAUGCCCAGCCUUGUGGCAGAUGCCCCCUCCCCUGCCUCCUCCCCAGGACCCCUCAGUUGCCCAGUGAUGUGCAGAGUCUUUGCCUCCACUGCCUUCCCAUGAAGGUCCUCUCCCACUACACCAUGUGCAAUGAGCUGGUAACCAGCUACAUGGCAUUCUGUAAGAUCCAAGGUGAGGAAGAUGCCAUAAGAGUGGCUAAGUUGUCAACUGUUUCCACGGAGUACAACGAGGCAACAUCAUCCCAAAGGACUGGGAACUCAGAACGGGGAGUCCUGGACUUCCCCAGAAGAGAUGGGAGACGGAAGGGACAGUGUGCCUGGCAAGCAUCACCAUCUUCAAUCUUCUCCUCGCCUCCUCUCCGCGUGGAGAGGAAUCUGACAAGUUCUCCAGAAUACAGAGGCGGUGAGGGAGGGGAAUGGGCAGCCAUUGGGUAGCAGGGGAAAUGAGGAAGUAGGCAGAUAAAGUCCAUGAAGGGAAAUGGCACCAAUUGAAAUGAAAUCGCCCAAGAAAUCAGAUGUCAGGAUGGAAAGUUUAGGUGCUGGUCAAAGCUGUCAGACUCCUCACUGGCACUGGGACCAUGUGAGCAGACGUGAUGACCUUAGGGUUCCUGACCUUCUCAGUUGAAUCAGAGCCAGAAAAGGGGCAGCUCCCAUGUGCGUCACUGCCUGGUGAGUGGGGCUCCUGUGCUGAAGGAGGGAUUAGAUGUGCAGAUCAUCAAAGCUGAUACUCAUGCAGUGAGUUAACAGGCCUGGGCAGCAUGUUGCAGGAAAGUUUGUCGGACAGUUUUCAGUGCAAUAAGAGCUUAGAAACAGUAUACCUUCUGAAGAUGGCAAACUAGUCUGGUGCCCUUGUGUCCUGAAGCUCUGUUCCUACUAUGUGUUGAAUGGAAGUCCUGUGCCUCAAGUUGCACUUUAAAGCUGACCUUCCUCCCUCUGCCUCCCCAACAUGGGACACUUUGCCUUUUCUGAUGUGAAUUCAGUUGUGUGUUUCAUUUCCCCAUUUACCCUGGGAGCAGGAACAGACUUGCCCCUAUCCCCACCACCUCCAUCCCUCGGAUCGGAACCAGCUCCCCCAUUCACAUGACCAGCCCAUUGGCCAGGGUUGGGAUUGAACCGAUCCUACUCUUCCCCAGGGCUUUGGAUUACCCCCUGCCCCAUAAUCGGAAGGCCCCAUAACCCCGCUGGCAUCUCCUAGGCAUUUCCUUAAGCUGCAGCCUCCAGAAUGUCCCCAACCCUAGUUGCCCACCAGCAGUCGAUGGCAAAGGUCCCAAUCUGGGCAGGAAAACUCCCGAAUGUGCCAGUGGACACAGACUCCGGGCAUUACACACAGGCUCCCCUCCCCCUUACCUACCAAGCUCGCCCCAACAUUCAGGCUGCUGACCCAUCAUUUGACGUGACUCCCUCACAAUUCACCCCAGGUUAAGUGGCACUGGGCUACAGUCACCACAGCACCUUGCCCUCUGUCUCUCCGAGGCAGAGUACUAUCCACUGACGUUAGUGAACGCCACAUUUAUUGUUACUGACUGAGCGCAAAUCUUGGGGCAAGGUACCGAGGCCCGGAAAAAGGGGAUGGGGAGGGAAGGGAAGAGGCAGGCGAGGGUCUGCAGUGGGGCGCAGGCGGGGACAGGUAAAUAACACAAGUGAUGAUGGGGCAAGAUCAGGGCUGGUCGUGUGACAAGGAGUAAAAGGCUGACCCAGGGAAGGUGUAGAACAAUAGCGGCAGAAUCUUAUCAACAUCAACAGUUCAAAAACAAACUUGCGCAGUGGCAAUAAUCUGAAAUGGUUGAAGUUUCCCCUCCUUACUUUUAACAUCGCAAUAAAUAAA